AUGGGAGGUAGAGACAUAGCACUUUAUUUUUCACACCGAACUUUAAGGAAGUUUAAAGAGAAGAAGAGAAGAACUUUAAAGAAGUUGGGCGUGUUGAGGUUCUGUUCAGUUCUGUUCAGCUCUGUUCAGUUCUGUUCAGUUCUGUUCAGUUCUGUUCAGUUCUGUUCAGUUCUGUUCAGUUCUGUUCAGUUCUGUCCAGUUCUGUUCAGUUCUGUUCAGUUCUGUUCAGUUCUGUUCAGUUCUGUUCAGUUCCGUUCAGUUCUGUUCAGUUCUGUU